AAAUCUUUCUAUAAUAUACUUGGACCAAAAGAUAUAUGUGUGUGUGUGUCAUAUAUCUUCUCAACUUUAAAAAUAAAAAUUAAAAAAAACAAGAAGGCUCUCUCUUAGAGUUGUGCAAGCUGAAGAAGAGACCAAACACAAGUUUUUGUUUAUUCUCAGUUGACAGGGUUGAAUAUAUAUUUAUUAUUUAUGGAGUGGAUAAAAAGGAGAAAAGUGACAAUAUCUUUACUACUUGUUGCUAUUCUCAUUGCUUUGAACAUCACUAGUCUUGAUGGAGGACUAAUUGGACCAGAAAGAAAAUUAGUUGAAAUAGAAAAAAAGUCAGGAUCGGAUGACACUGUGAGAAUUGAUCCUUUGAAGAAUUUCAAGAACUACAGAGGAGGAUUUGACAUAACGGAAAAACAUUAUUGGAGUUCCACUAUUUUUACAGGUAUUUAUGGCUAUGCCAUAGCUGUGAUAUGGCUCUUAUGUGGCUUAGGAUAUGGAUUAUUUCUUGUUGCUUCAGUUUUUUGCUGCAAAAGAAACAACAGAAAGCUCAAAAAGAGAUCAACUUGUUAUAAUAAACAUGAUUGCUAUAUCUGGAUUAUUCUCUCAGCCAUUUUCUUGACAAUUUUAGCAAUAACUGCAACAGGGUUGAUUCUAGGAGGGAAUGCAAAGUUUCAUUCAAGAACAGAUAAAGUAGUAGAUAUAAUAAUUGAUACAGCAGAUGGAGCAUCAGAGACAAUUUACACUACAACUAAUGCCAUGAGAGAGAUGAAGAGUGGAUUAGAAGGGACUGAUAUAGGUCAAGAAGCUUCUAAUUUCUUGAUUCCAACUUCUAGUAGACUUGAUAGACAAGCUGAUGACAUAAGUAGGGAAGCCAGAAAAAAUAGAAGAUUAAUUGAGAAACUCCUCAACAUAGUGUACAUAGUGACUACAGUGAUUAUUUCUCUGAACUUGGUUGCUCUAAUUGCCCUAUCAGCAUUUGGAAUACUCAAAUUUAGAAGAACCUUUAAAUUGCUCAUUGCAUUAUGCUGGAUCUUUACAACUCUGUGUUGGUUUCUUUUUGGAAUUUAUUACUUCUUAGACAACUUUGCUGGAGAUACAUGCACUGCACUAGAAAGUUUCCAAUCAGAUCCCUACAAUAGCAGUUUGAGUUCAAUUCUUCCCUGUGAUGAAUUGGUUUCAGCUGAAUCAGUGCUUUAUGAUGUCAGUCAAGGGGUACAUCAAAUAAUCAACGAGGUGAAUCAAAAGUUAUCAACAGAAUAUGGAAAUGUAGCACAAAUUUGUAACCCUUUUUCCGGUCCACCACAAUAUAACUACGAGCCAGGGACCUGUUCCUCUUCUACGAUUCGUGUUGGAGACCUCCCUCGGAUAUUCAAGAUGUUAACAUGUACUGAUCCAAAUUGCACGGGAGGAGUCAUGAUUUCCCCUAGAGAUUUCAACACAGUAUCAGCAUACACAACCGCGGUCCAGAAAAUCCUUGACGUGUACCCUGGAAUGGAGAAUUUGACACAAUGUGACACGGUUUUCAAGGCAUUCGACAAUAUCAUUGACAAACAUUGCAAACCAUUGAAGAAAAGCGCGCAUUUGGUAUGGGGAGGACUUGUUUUCCUAUCAGUAGUUAUGGUUGUGCUAGUCCUUGUGUGGUCAUUCGAAGCACACCACGAAGAGAAUCAUAAGAACUUAGAUAGUUCUGUCAAGCCUCAUUCAGUUGAAGCAGAAAUGCUGGGAUUAGGUACGCAGAAAGAAGUCAAUAGUUGCUCAAAUUCUGUUUCAGUCAUGUAAAUAAUACUAGUUGAUUAGGUAAUAGGAAAGAUAAUACGCAUUUUAGAACACGCAAGAUUCAACACUCUCCUAGACAACAGAGUCAUCAUGAUCAUGAAGUUAUAGAGCAUCCAAUACAAAGCGGCCUUUCAUUCUUUUAGGGGAUCAAAAGAAUGCCCUUUUUUCCCUCCUAGUGGAGGAAAAUGUAGUAGAGUUAUAUCUUUCUUUAGUUUCGUUUAUUGUUUUUCCAAAAAUAGAUAGACUGUAUAGAAAAUAAUUCUUGUUUCUUCAGAAAGUUAAAAGAAGCCAGCUAUGGGGACAAACCCCUCAAGUGGCAUGUAUGAAAUUCAUAAAACAAGAAAAAGUAUUUCAUUUUUAUUCAA